GUUCACCAGUGCCACCCCGGAAGUGUUCCGAUAACAACAACGGAUGUUAGCAUGUAGCUAGCAGACUGACUCGUAAAUUUAUUCAUUUCUGCGACAAAAUCAACCUAAAUGUUAGUUAACCGAGAGGUCUUUACCGUUAAUGUUACAGUUACAAAACGCUUCGUACGUUUGCUCGUUUAACGCUAGCUGGAAGUUAUGAACUUAGCACGCUUUGCUAACUAGCUGAAAUCUAACAGUGCCUGUGCAAGUCACCAAUGGACAUACGACAGUUCUUUAUAUAAAAAAGACAGAUUCAGGUUAAAGUAUGGCUGACGACCCCCAGAGGAAUUUCCGCUCUGCAUAUUAUGAGAAAGUGGGCUUCAGAGGAGUAGAGGAGAAGAAAUCUCUGGAAAUACUGCUCAAGGAUAAUCCUCUGGAUCUAGAAAAGCUCAGUACCUUCAGUCAGAGGUUCCCCCUCCCCUCUAUGUACAGGAUCCAUGUGUGGAAAGUAUUGUUGGGAAUCCUCCCUCCCCAUGGUGACUCUCAUGCUCUGGUGGGAGGCUACAGGAAGGAGCAGUACCAGGACAUCCUGGAGGCUCUGGAGGUGAUGAGAUACAUCAACGCCUCCACACCCUCCACCCACGUCUAUCUGCGCAUGUUCCAGCUGGAGAGCCAGGUGCUCCCACGAUGCUCCGAGACCUCCGCCCCGGACGAAGAGAACGAAGACUUCCUCUCCAUCAGUCGAGCCAUGGAGGAGAUCGUUGAUGAUCCCAUGGACUGCUACUGGCUCAUCAAAUGUUUCGUUAAUCAGUUCCACACAAAGUUUGGAGACUCAGUACCCCACCUCCCGAAGAGCCUGGAGCAUUAUCUGAGUCAGGAGGAACCUCGACUGCUGAACCAUCUGAAGAACAACGGCGCUCUCUCUCUGCUGCCCUACAGCCUCUGGUUCAGACGCUGCUUUGCUGGAUGCCUGCCUGAAUCCAGCCUGCAGAGGGUGUGGGACAAGGUGAUCAGUGGCUCCUGUAAGAUCCUGGUGUUUGUGGCUCUAGAGAUUCUGCUAAGCUACAAGAUCAUGUUGAUGGGAAUCACCCGGGCUGAAGGCGUGGUCAAGUUUCUGUGCAAUAUACCGCAGGAGAACACAGAUGCCAUUGUGACGAAAGCGAUCGACUUGUGGCACAAAUACUGUGGAACCCCGAUGCACGCCGUGUAGCCAGAUGGAGCUCUGGAGACAUCAGGGCACAGAGGAGCUUUCCCAAGAUGCACCGGGACUUUCAGGGCUUGAAGCAGAAAAAAAAUCCUGUGCCUGAACAUUUUUUUUUAUGCGGGCGGCAACCUAAAUGAAUUAAUCUGGUGCACUUCAAGGUUUUUAAUAAAGAAAUAUGAGCAGUUCACCAAAUACUGCAUAACUGAAAAACCUUGACAAUGACAUUCUUGCAUUGACUGAAAUCGUUAACGAGAUCAAAAUACAAAAUCCUGUCAAAAAUUGUGUUUUGGAGAUACCAUGACUCCAACAUUUAGUCACAUUUUUCAUGAACAGUGAAAACUUCUCAAACAUCUUGAAGCACAAGAAAGAACGCGCAGGAAUACUAGGGUCCUGGCAUCUUAGGCAGCCCGGCCCCUAAUAAAAUCUUAGAAUACUAUGUAUACUAUAUAUUUAUGUGGGUAUUGCGUGUGUGUAUGUACUGUAUGUGGGUAUGCAUGCAUGCAUGUGUGUGUAUGUAUGUAUGUAUGAAAAUAAAAUGCAAUACAAAAUGAAAUAAAU